AUGAUCCGACCGCAGGAGAGGAUGGAGGUUCGUAGUUCCAAGAUGUCCAUGGAUAUGCAGCGCAUGGCGAUGGAUACCGCCCAGAGGGCGUUAGAAGAGGACGCAGAACCACGAGCCGUUGCGAGCUCAAUUAAAAGGAAAUUCGACCAGCUCUACGACCCCCAUUGGCAGUGCAUAGUGGGAAAUCACUUCGCAAGGUGGGUCUCCACAGGUUAA